AUGUCCAUUUUGGGUAGUCUGCAUGCCUUCAAAACAUUGAGGAUCAAGCCUUACCCAAUCAGUGGAUCGACGCCUGACAAGUGCCACUCAUUCAACUUCGAUCAUUCGUAUUGGUCGUAUUCGAGAGAUGAUGCUCACUAUGCCAGUCAAAUUCAGGUCUACCAGGACCUCGGUGUCGAGAUGCUCGAACACGCCUUCGAAGGAUACAAUGUGUGUAUAUUUGCCUAUGGACAAACGGGUGGUGGCAAAUCGUAUACGAUGAUGGGCAAGCCGGGUGACGAGAACGAGAUGGGAAUCAUACCACGACUUUGUAAUGAUUUGUUUGCACGAGUUAAAAGUUGCACGGACACCAAUGUACAGUACUCGGUCGAAGUGUCUUAUAUGGAAAUCUACUGCGAGCGUGUCAAAGAUCUGUUGAAUCCAAACAGCGGAGGGAAUCUUCGAGUUCGUGAACAUCCUCUUCUCGGACCAACGGUGGCUGCGACAAACAUGAAUUCAACAUCAUCUCGUUCCCAUGCUGUCUUCACAAUAGUGCUAACACAAAAACGCCAUUGUCCUGAUGCCAAUCUGGACACUGAAAAG